AUGUCGGUCAACUACAGCAGUAUGGCAUUUGAAGACAAAAAUAUUGACUACAUAGCUUCAACCCCAGUUGGACGUAAGUGAAAACCGAAGUAAACUUAUAUUUAUGUUUAGCUUCUCGAUGUAACGCUAUGUCCGUAGACCUGUCGCCAAUUCAGGAUGCUCUUGGUGGCAAGUAAGUAAUUGUUUGAGUAUUUUUACUUUUUAGUGACACACCAAGAACAGCGAAUACCACUCGGAUCUCCAACGAGUUUGUUAGGAUUCAAUCUAAAGUCCACUUUGGGUUUGUUAAGCUGGGAGAAGAAAUUGACAGGGAUUUGGACAUAUUUUCAACUGCAGACAGGAACUUGUGGGUCAAAAUACUCAGGCCAACGUCAAAUGUGUUUUCUGUAAGUUGGUAUAUGUCUUCUAAAGGUUUUUAGGUAGAAUUUACAGAAGACUUUUUAUUACAACCUGGAUCAAAACAAAGUUUUCGAUUGACCUACAAGCCUAACAAAGCCAAAGUAUGUGAUACUGAGACUUUGUUUUUAACUGUGAGCUACGACGAGCAAGGAGGAAAGAAAAUCAGGUUUAAGGUAUUACCUUUUAUCUUACGUUUAUACUUCACAAGUGGCUUUAUCUGUUGUAGAAGUUGUAUAUUUUUUGAUUGAUUUGUGAAAAGCUUGGUGUCUACAUUGUUUUGUAGGUUUGCUUAGUCGGAUUCUCCGGAAAGUCAGAAGUUGUUCCAGAAGGUCUUCCUGUUGUCGAUGGCAGCAAAUGGGAAGCCUGUAUCAAGAAUCGCCGUUCAGAAGUGACACUGAAGAAUGUUGGCAACAGAGCUGCGUUUGUUCGCAUCGUAGUGACUGAUAGUAAUGGGCAUCCUUCUGCCAAAUCUGAUAUAUGGGUGAAGCCAGAUCAGUUUAUAUUGGAUGCUUUGAACGACUGUCAAAAGGCAAGUCAUUUACUUUUGUAAGCGGGGUAACACAUGGGACAGGCAGUUGCAGCCAAUGUUCUUUUGUCUGCAAGUGGACAAUUGUGGGCAGUGAUGAUAACUAAUAUUAACCUUAUAUCCCUACCCUAAUUCUACUACUCUGUACUUUUGGGUAUGGAAAAUUACCACGUUUGUACUAGAUGAAAUUAUCGUAUUUUAUUCCCUACCAUCAAUUUAUAUUUUCAGACGGUCACUGUAAAUUUUUUAGCAGAAGAGGCUGAUGUCAAUUUGGUGAUAUAUUACGGCGAAGAGAAACAACGACUGCGAUGUAGAAAGUAAGUGUAAAUAUCGUUUACAGAGCAUCUUGUUGUGUUCAAAGAAGUUAGUAUUACAGUAACAGAGUGUAACAAUGUAUAAUUACCUUUUUUUGACAAAAAAUUUUAUGUUAUUGUUUGUGUAGGUAAUAAGUGUUUUGAUGUUAUAGAUACAUGCAAAUGCGACAAAUUACCGGUGGGUUUACUGUAGAAGCCUUUGACGUUAUGGCGCUGAAAGUUAGUGGCAGUCGGCUAUUAGAAUGUGACAGUGAACAUCUGAGUAGUGAAGACAAACGAGUUCUGGCUCAAGACAUGAACAUGUUGACGAUAAAGUUGGUUAAGGAGGCUGAAGACUCUUUCGACGAAGACUCUACUCUCACUAAUACCACCAUGUUGUUCACAAACUCUGAGGUCCGCUUGAAGCCUGCUAGGUUUUUGAAUGCUGAUGUUGAUGUAGUGGACGACGAUCUGGAUACAUGCAUAAACCAGUUGCAAAUGAAAAACUAA